GUUCCCGAUUUCUGCUGCGCACAGACAGCCGGUGCGGAGAGAGAGAGAACGAGAGAGAGAGAGGGAGGAGAGGGCUGCUAUUACUAGUGACAGAAAACGGCAGCUAGAACAUACAGUCUGGAGAGCAGCUGAUGCGACAAGAUGCUGAGCGUCGCCUUGCUGUGUGUGUACGCCGUCGCCUUUGGACACGUCUCCGCUCGCUCCGACAGCGGCAAUUUUUUGGAUGAUAAGUGGCUCGCCGGGCGAUGGGAUAAAUUCAGAGAUGAGCCUGGAACAUGGACGCCUUCCAAGCCCUUCGAUCAAGGCCUUGAUCCAGCCAAAGACCCCUGUCUUAAGAUCAAAUGCAGCCGCCACAAGGUGUGUGUGGCCGAGGAUUACAAGACUGCUUCUUGUGUCAGCCAGAGGAGAGUCAGUUUUAAAGAUGCCAGUUUGUACCAGAGCCCGGGGUCAAAGUGCACACCCUGCCCUGUGGUUCACCCCUCUCCCGUUUGUGGAACUGAUGGCCACACCUACUCCACCAAGUGUAAGUUGGACUACCAGGCAUGCAUCACAGGAAAGAAGAUCGCUGUGAAGUGUCCUGGCAUGUGUCCUUGCCCCUCUCAGCCUGAACAGAGCUCUGCAGAGAAGAAAGUGUGCAGUGAAUCUGACCUGAAGGAGGUGGUGAGUCGUCUGAGAGACUGGUUCAGAGUGCUGCAUGAGAACGGCAACCACAAGAGAGUCAAGAUCCAGAAGCCAGAGAAGAACAAAUUUGAUGUUGGGGCAUCGCCUAUUUGUAAGGACCCUCUGGGCUGGAUGUUCUCCCGGCUUGAUACAAAUUUUGACCUCCAGCUGGACCAAUCAGAGAUCAAGAGCCUCUACCUGGACAGGAACGAGCCGUGCUCCGAUGCGUUCUUCAAAUCCUGCGAUACACAUACUGACAAAGUUAUAACCAGCUCUGAGUGGUGCACAUGCUUCCAGAGGUAUACAGAGUCCCCUUGUAAAGCAGAGCUGUCCAGUAUCAACAAAAAGCAAACGGGGAAGAAACUGCUUGGUCAGUAUUUACCAUCCUGUGAUGAGGAUGGUUAUUACAGGUCCCACCAGUGUCACAGCAGCAGCGGCCAGUGCUGGUGUGUCGAUCGUUAUGGCAACGAGGUGGCCAGCUCACGCACCCAUGGCCCUGCAAACUGCGGCGUGAUUUUGGAGUCUUCUGGAGACCUCGGCAGCGGAGACUCGCUGUUCACUGACGACGAUGAAGAUUCCUUUGUCCUCGACGACCAGGCCGGGAUGGAUGACGAGGACGAUGAAGAUGAGGAUGACGAUGACGACGCAGAUGAAUAUCUGUCGUAAUUUUCAAAAAGAAAACAAAAAAAGAAAAUGAGAAAACUGUUUGUUUGGUCAAACUGCACGUUUCUAGGUGACUUCCCAGGCAGAUACUUAAUCGUACUAACAGCCUACGGACUACUCUCUGUGUAUUGUUUGUUCAUUAGUAAAAGAAAAAAAUCCCCAAUAUUCCUGGCAAACAUUUAAGGUUUUUUUCUUCCUCUCUAAGUAUAAAAUAUGAUUGGUUUAAUGGCACUUGUUCACUUGUGUGUCAGCCAACCAGAGAACAUGACAAGGACUAAUCGAUAACCAAUCCAAUGCUUUGGAUUUGGUCACGUGUGCAAAGACCUCUCCCUUCAUUGGACAGUCCAUGUCUUCUAUUGUGUCCUGUCCUUGUGCAGCACUCUGAUGCCUCAGUGUGUUGAUGCCUGAGGCGCAAUGUUAAAGAGAUUUCCCCCUUCUCAAUCCUUCAUCCUCUUCCUCUACCCUCCCACACUUUUACUCAAAUGUUCCUGUGUAUAGGUGGGAUGUUGAUGAUGUAGAUAAGAGAAUAUUGCACUCUUUAGGUUUCUUUUGAUCUUGAUUUUGUAACUGUGACUGUAACUGUGUGGAAAAACAAGAUAAGAGUUAGACAUGCUUCAUUAGGAGAAGUAAGGCAAAAAAAACACCCCACAAAACAACACAGUGUGAGUUGGAUAACAAUCAGAACCGACAUGCUAGCUGUUUUCCUGGAGACACAAAUCAAGUCAAAUCAUCUCAAAGGCUCAGCAACGAAGAAAGACAAAUUACUGCUUGGCCAGUGGUUAUAGGGGGAAAAUAUUAUCUAUUUUUCUAAUCCAUUGUUGGAUGAAUACAGAAGAUGAAACAGAUUUGUCAUAGCAUGUCUAAUGCUGCGUAUUGUUGUUUCAGCCUGUAGAACCAGAGGCUAAACCUUUGUGGAACUCAAAGUAUAUAUAACGGAGCUAGAGGGUGAAAAAAACCCUCAAGCGUGUACCUAUGAAACCACACUUGCAUAGUUCUGAACUUCUUGAGCCACAAGUCUGUGUGAUAAAAUGUUUACUUACCUUUAUUAUGUCGGUGAGCUCAAAGAAAACCUCAUCACAGCUCAGAAGAAACAUGGAGUUGAUGUUUAAAUUUUUUUUUGAGAUAUGAGUCUUGGACGUGAUUUGAGCGCAUAGUGUAACAGUACAAAUCUCUUGCACAGUAAUAAAACACAGAGCCAUGCAGACCUGUUGUCUGGCAGGGAAUAAAGGGUAAGGUGUGCCUUUUACUGGUGAGGACAGCUGAUGGUAAUAGUGGGAGAAGCAUGCUUACUGGACUGACUUAAGCUCGUCAUUACACUGCACAAGAGUGGCUUUACAGUCAAGCUUAUUUGGGUUUUGGUAUGGCUUGUGUUUUGGGUCUCUCUUAUGAUGGUGUUACAUAGGCCAUAUUUCAGAUCCUUUUGAUUUGUUACAUAGGCUAGCUAGAAUGUAGAGAAGCACAGAUAUACUUAGCAGUAUAGCAGUUAAGGCAUAAAAACACUUAGAUUCUUCUGGAUUUGAAAAUGGUUUAUAUAUUAGUACACUGGCUAGAGAAAGCUUUGGUUUAGACAGCUUUAUAUAAUAAAAAGAACUAUCUUUAACGGUGUUUUGCUUUUACUUUGAUUUAAAAGCUUGAUUUGUAUCUGAUCUACUCUAUUAUCUAACUAUUUAUAGUGUAUAUCUGUCAGGGUUGAAAACUGAAACUGAUCCCAGAAGUGUCCUAUGGCUGUUUAUGCAGACCUGGGAUUCGCUGAGCUCUUGUGUAAAUUUUUUUUGAUUAUUAAUCUGCCGUCUGGCUUCAUUUUGAAUCAAACAUCUGUUGAAAUUCCAUGUUAAGACCUGAAAAGUGCCAUCUAACUGUUCGGUAGUUCUUCUUUUCUCUCUCUCUGUCCCUCAUUCCUUUUAACUUGGAAUUUCAAUUCACUUUAGGAACUGGAAACAUUUCAGUCUUAAAGUGUGCUGUUUCAUGAGUGUGAUGACAUGCAAAUCAUUUUGAUGACCUCAGACACUGUAGCCACUCUCAACCAAUCACACACUGUCAUCACAGCUCCGAUAGUGUUAAAGGUUAUGAUACAGAUGCAUUUUUUUACAGUGUAUGUAUGAUUUGCUGAAAUAAAAGCUAUAUUGACCAAUA